ACGCGAUGCCUAACGUUAGCUCCAUGGUGACCAAAUACAAUAGUUCAUUACGACAAAGAGGUACAAACAAAUUCAGCAAGAAUGAAACAGAACAAUAAAGAAGAACAGUAAAAAUGAGCACAAUACAAACACCUUUAGAAAACGGGAAAGACAUUUCCUGUACAAUUCCAGUCCAGAGUAGCGGCUUGGUCGAUAGUGAUGUCCUGUCCUUGAAGAGUAAUGUCCUUUUUGACAACAAGGUUGGUGCAGGAGAUGGUUAUAAGUUAGGGCUGUUUGCAGCUAAUACCAACAAAGAGGCGGAAGAAGCUGCAGAACGAUAUAUCAGUGUGCUUGAUAAGCGACGCAUAAAGAGAAAACUUGAAGAAGACGGAUAUGAAUGGAAACCAUCUCCAAAGCCCGAUACAGAAAAUAUUUCAAAUAAGAUUGAUAGCGUCCUAAGCAAACUCAAGAAUCGCUUCGGUGAAGAAAAACAGGCAAGAGCGGACAACAUAAAACCAAGCUACUCUCAAUAUAUCUUUUCCAACAGCGUGGAUGCGUUUCUAAGACACCAUGAAAAACCACAGGUUGAAAUUCAGUAUUCAGAAACAGAAGGAAGUGUACAAGGAGAAGGUCUAUACACUUUUGCCGUAAAACCUUCAAGAAUAAGGAAAAGAAGAAAAGAUACCCCCGACACACCUCGAGGAAAUACAAAUAUCUAUGCAGUAUCACCAAAUGAAGUCACAAAAAGGUUAAGCAACCCAGUUUCUGCGGUGCAAAAUACUGGUACGUCUGGUGAUGUCUUAAACCACAUGAAUACUGUGAUCUGUAGUAUCCCAUCAGCAUAUGAGGCUUCCGACUUUACAGUAUCGCUUCUCUCCAAGUGCACCAGUCCUGAAAAAGUAAAUAGCUAUGUGAUACCGCCAAACGACAAUAUCCUAAUAUCUGGAACAAUUGACAGCUGCAUCGCACCCCCAACUAACACGAUGAUGAUGACUUUUGAGGAACUGUUGCCUAUUAUCGACCUGAUUGGCACUCCUUCAAAUCCAUACUUCCGUGCCACAGUUCCCAUUUACAAAGUGCAAACUCAUACAAAAGCAUUCGAUUUCGCCAUUCCUUCCUGGAUUGAGCAUCACCGUUCAGUCAAAAAUAACGGCUUUGUCAUACCGCCAUUCGAGAGAGUAACCGCCGAUUACGCCAUUCCUGAGAUGUUGGAGUGUGACAGUUCAAACAGAAACGACGACUAUGUCAAACAUGCUUUUCUAAAUGUAAUCAUCAGUCACGACAUUCCUUCGAGAACUGAGUAUCAUAGUUUGCACCAAAACGACGACUAUGGCUUACUACCUUUCCAAAAAGUAACCAUUGGUCACGGCUUUCCUUCUAUGCGCCAAAGUUCACACGAAAACGGCGACCAUAUCAUUUCACCAUUCAAAAGACUCAAGUUAAAAACCAAAAUCAGCAGCAGUUCUAUCUAUAAAACAAAUAUGCUGGCUAACAUGAUGCAGACGAAAAGAAGAAUAUACGACAAUUCGAAACACCCUUUUAACAAAAAGCCAAAGGCAAUAGAAAUUUGUGGUCACAUCCUACGCCUCAUACACAGCGUUAUGGCAGACGGAGCACUAUACGGUCACUCAGUAACACCGAUCCAUAAUCUGACUGUAUCUGGAGGAGUCUGCGACAACACGAUAUAUCUUACUGGCGCAUUUCAAUAUAUUGAAGACUCUGGCACUGAACAGAUACUUGAGCUGUCAAUCCACAAAGAGUUAAGUUCGACUGAAAUAAAAGAAAUGUACAGAAACGCUCCACCACCAGUACGUUAUAUGCUCACAGCAAAAGAACACAAGAGCUACGCUACAGCUUCUGUCUAUAGGAUGACUUUAGCUGUAGAAAUAUACAACCAAACGGUGCGUCAGAUCUAUAAAGUUACUGGACACACAUACAAAGAGAGAUGUGACAAAACUGUUUCUGCGAUUACGAGGAGGACUACCUUGCAAACAAUACCUGAUAAAAGAUUAGUACUUGAUAAGAUUAACGAUCACGUGUUUCAUCCAGCCUACAAAGCGACAUCAGAAAAAGGACACGAUUACGACAAAAUUCCAAUCGACAGCAUCUCUGUCCUUGGAAAUAUUUCCGACAGCACGAUAAAGGAAGACAGCAAGUGCCAUACAGCGCAUGAAGUUCAUGAGGCAGUUUAUGACACUAUCAUAGAAGAGUCUGGCGACGAUAGUCCAUUUGGAAUAUUGUCUAUCUAUUGUAACAGCGAAAUUCAUUCAGGUAUUACAAAAUGUUAGAAGCUGAAAGAAAAUUCACAGAGGAAAAGAAGACAGAGAAAUACUUUUUUUUGAAAUUCAUUGUUCUAUUGCUAAAUAAAUAAUAUUCAUAAAAGGAGAUAAUUGUCAAGAUUUAUUUGAU